AUGUCUAUGAGAAUAGUAUAAUCUACAAAGAAGAUUCUAGACAUGUCUCAUUCUAGUCAAACAGUACUAAAUAGUCAAAGGCCUCAGAUGUCUCUAAUGCCAAAGGAAAAACUUGUUAUAGGAUUGAAUUCAAAAUAAGAGAAAAAAAUAAAUAAAAUUGUUAUCAAAUUGGAAGAUCAUAUAAACAAAUCUAUUGAUGAUUAAAUCAAACUUGAACAAUGUAAACAGUUAUAGGAAGUUUAACAUCCUAAAGAGGAUCAAUUAGAAAAUAAAUAAACAAAAAUUUCAAUGGAAAUUACUCAUACUCUUUUCGAACUUAAGGUACCCAAAGUUAUUGUAUCACAAACACUUGAGAUUCCAAAAAUAAUAGUACCUUCUUAAAUUAAAAUUGAAUAAGAGGAUAAAUUAAUGACUUAUAAUUAAACGAAUUUGCUGAAGUAAUAAUUGUUUUAGAUUAAAAAAUGCAAUGAACCUAUUUAAUUACUUUUACAAGAGAAUAAUUAAAGAAAAAAAUAUUAUUCAAGAGCAUAAAGAGAGAAAGAAGAUGUUGUUCAUUGGGGACAAAGGAAAUUACUUAUUAGUGAGAUAUGGUUUUUGACAAAGUAUGGUUGUUUAUCUAGGAAUAUUAUAUAUGCAGGAGCAGCUCCAGGAUUUCACAUAUAAUUGUUAUCUGAUUUAUUUUAAAAUCAUAAAUUUUAUCUAUUUGAUCCAAAUGACUUUUAAGUAAAAUAGGGACCAAAGAUUACUAUUUACUAACGUUGUUUCACUAAUGAAGAAGCCUAAAAAUUUAAGGAAUUGUUUUAGGUAUAAAUUAAUUAACAAGAAUGAUUAUCUAUUCAUUUCAGACAUUCGAACUGCCAAUUUUAAAUGUAUGACCCCUAUUGAAAAUGAGUAAGCAGUACUAAGAGACAAUCAAUUACAAAUGGAAUGGGUUAAAAUACUCUAACCUUAAAAAGUAACUAAAUCCAUUCUAUAUCCAUUUAAGGCUAUGUUGAAAUUUCGUUGUGCUUAUCCUACUGAAAUAAAUGAGCCAACUGAAUUCUUUCAAGGUGAAAUCUAUAUCCAAGCAUGGGCACCAGCAUCAUCUACAGAAACAAGAUUAAUNUAACAUUUUUUAAAUCUCUUUUAGUUAAUAUAAUGUUAAAAUAUUUAAAGGUAUUAUUACUAUAUAUAAUAAUAAUCUAUGGCUUAAAUUAAAAAUAUAUCAAUCAUUUUUUAUUUCAAAUAUACUUUAUCAUUCCCCAAUAUAUUACUUAAUUUCUCAUAAUUUAAUUGUUUUAUUAAAAAUGUCUAUGAGAAUAGUAUAAUCUACAAAGAAGAUUCUAGACAUGUCUCAUUCUAGUCAAACAGUACUAAAUAGUCAAAGGCCUCAGAUGUCUCUAAUGCCAAAGGAAAAACUUGUUAUAGGAUUGAAUUCAAAAUAAGAGAAAAAAAUAAAUAAAAUUGUUAUCAAAUUGGAAGAUCAUAUAAACAAAUCUAUUGAUGAUUAAAUCAAACUUGAACAAUGUAAACAGUUAUAGGAAGUUUAACAUCCUAAAGAGGAUCAAUUAGAAAAUAAAUAAACAAAAAUUUCAAUGGAAAUUACUCAUACUCUUUUCGAACUUAAGGUACCCAAAGUUAUUGUAUCACAAACACUUGAGAUUCCAAAAAUAAUAGUACCUUCUUAAAUUAAAAUUGAAUAAGAGGAUAAAUUAAUGACUUAUAAUUAAACGAAUUUGCUGAAGUAAUAAUUGUUUUAGAUUAAAAAAUGCAAUGAACCUAUUUAAUUACUUUUACAAGAGAAUAAUUAAAGAAAAAAAUAUUAUUCAAGAGCAUAAAGAGAGAAAGAAGAUGUUGUUCAUUGGGGACAAAGGAAAUUACUUAUUAGUGAGAUAUGGUUUUUGACAAAGUAUGGUUGUUUAUCUAGGAAUAUUAUAUAUGCAGGAGCAGCUCCAGGAUUUCACAUAUAAUUGUUAUCUGAUUUAUUUUAAAAUCAUAAAUUUUAUCUAUUUGAUCCAAAUGACUUUUAAGUAAAAUAGGGACCAAAGAUUACUAUUUACUAACGUUGUUUCACUAAUGAAGAAGCCUAAAAAUUUAAGGAAUUGUUUUAGGUAUAAAUUAAUUAACAAGAAUGAUUAUCUAUUCAUUUCAGACAUUCGAACUGCCAAUUUUAAAUGUAUGACCCCUAUUGAAAAUGAGUAAGCAGUACUAAGAGACAAUCAAUUACAAAUGGAAUGGGUUAAAAUACUCUAACCUUAAAAAGUAACUAAAUCCAUUCUAUAUCCAUUUAAGGCUAUGUUGAAAUUUCGUUGUGCUUAUCCUACUGAAAUAAAUGAGCCAACUGAAUUCUUUCAAGGUGAAAUCUAUAUCCAAGCAUGGGCACCAGCAUCAUCUACAGAAACAAGAUUAAUACCUCAUAAUUAUGUUAAUACAAUAUUCUAUGACAAUGUUCAAUAUGAGGAGUAAAUGUUCUAUCAUAAUGAUGUUGUCAGAAAGAAAUAGAAAGGUUCAUUAAGUUGGGAUGACAGAGCAGAAACACAAGUGUUAAUUGAGUAUUUACGUAAUACAGGAAUAAAUGAAAAUUAAAUAAUUAAACAAGUAAACCUAAUCAAAGAUUAAAUUACAAAAAAAUUGAAUUAUUAUUGA